GUCACUUCAGCAUUUGUGACAUAUAAUGGCAAGGAUUUUCAAUUUGUUUAUUUUCAAUUAUUAACAAAUAGGAAUUUUCACGUAGUCUUCUCUCAGCAUUUUAGCAGGUCAUAUAAGUAAUUAAAUAGUUUGUGUUUUUUAAUUAUUAUCUACAUACAGCGAACAUAACAUUGUUGUUUCGUGUUUAGUACGAAUACGAACAAGAUGGAGGACGAUGGGAGCGUGAUAUCCAUGGCCAGUGACAACUGUUGCCAAACCGUCAAUGCAAAGUGGCUUUGUCUCGAAGAUGUCUAUCAGAAGUUUCAUAGACCUAACUUCUAUGAUAUCGGUUGCACCUAUAUUGCAGAUAUUCCAGACCAUAGGUUCACAUAUAUGACUAAUCAAGUAGGGAAUAUUUUUCUCUUACAACUGUUUGCUUCAAGCCCCCAAGAAGGGUCAAUAAAUUUCAUAGCAAGCAAUAGUAAUGAAAUGACAUUCGAUAAGAAGACAGGUGCUGUAUAUCUUGAUAAAAGUAUGAAGAGAUUUCGAAUAUUUAGAGUGGGAGAACGAGAAGCGAGUACUGGAUUUGUUACAACUUAUAGUUUUAGUGACUUAGAUGUUGAAUGCCUGAAAGAUAAGACAUUAUAUAUAGCAAUAACAUUUAAAAUUGCACGAAGAUCUGAUGUAAACUCUAUGACUAUGGAUUUCAGUGAUUUGUUAAAUGAUCCAGUAGGUACGGAUUUUGUAAUAGAAUCAUUGGAUGGAGAAAAGUUUCCAGUACACAAACUUCUCUUAGCUGGACAAAGUGAAGUGUUUAAAGCCAUGCUAAAAGAGGAAACUGCAGAAUCUCAGAACAGUUAUGUAAAACUUGUUGAUGUUGGUAAGGAGGAUCUUCGAUGUAUAUUAGAGUUCAUUUACUCAGGAACAGUGAAAGAUUUGGAAAGCAAGAAUUGUUGUAAUCUACUUAUGUUGGCUGAUAGAUUCAAUUUAAGUGGCCUGAAAGAAAUAACUCAGCAUGCAUUAUGUUAUCAACUGACUCAUGACAGUGCAUUAGAAAUUCUUGUAUUAUCUGAUAUGUAUAAUGCCAACCAUCUUAAAAGAGAAUCAUUAAAAUUUAUAAAGAAAUAUAAUUCUGUCUUAGACAACAGUUUCUUUGAUGAGAUUAAGAAUGUGGACCUAGUCAGAGAGUUAUGUAGAUUUCUUGCCGCAUGAACAUCAGACACCGUAAUUUUGUUUAAAUAUUUUAUUGUCAAUAACAAAAACAGGUGCUAUUCUCAUUAAAAAAAUUAAAUACAUAAA